CGGGAGGAGUCACGUCAUGUCUCGUCCGCACUUCCGCUGCCGGCCGCGAUGUUUCGCACGAGUCCACGCGCCCCGGACGCGAUCGAGCGCGCGCGGACGAGAAGCCGCCGCGAGCGCGGCGCCGGGAAAAAACGUGGGAACGAAACGGAAACCAGACAAUGUAGAAGCUUCUCCUCGAGGGUCUUCCCGCUGUUGGCCUCGCCGGGCAUCUUGUCGGUGUUCCCGAGAUUACAUAGCUGCUGCUGGCUCACAGACAAGGAUUCCUCCGCGUGAAUAUUUCGCAUUUUGUACAUGCUGCUAUUCCUCAUUACCGUUACUGUUGGCUUCAUCAACAACGGGUGCGAGUACAACGUUAAUUUCCCGGCGCGGCUCAUCUUGAAGGAUACGGAAUUUUCCUUCCUCGCACGUAGAAAAUUGAAAAAUCUCUGCGAGUCUCGUCCACGUCUUCUCGUGCGUGCACUCAACAGUGACGUCACUCGCGCGCCGCGCGCGACAUCUGGUGGCGGGACCGCGUAAUUCGGCCGCGCGCCGCUAGAUGGCGCUCCCGCUUCUGCCGGUAAAGGAAGCUCUCCAGAGACCGUGUUCCAUCUUCGAAUUGAUACAACGCGAGUGCAUCUCGAGUGCAAGUGACGUGUAAACGGUUUGAAAAUUUAAUCAACGAUUCGCGUAACGUGAAAAACAUUAUAAUAAAAUCCCAAUUGAAUUUACGCGCAAUAAAUAUAUAUAUAUAUAUAUUGCGUCGUGUAACGAUGAUCGAUCGAGAGGAAUUAAAAUGGCGUGCUCGACAGCGGUGUCCUCUGGCACGUCUCGAGCUCAGACUCGUGUCUAACUACCAAAGCGAGGCUCGCGGGUAACGGUCGGGGUGCCAAUACGAGGAAGGACGUGUAUACGAGGAAAGCCGAGAGGCGAGAAGUGUCAGUACGGCCGCUCGCGCUCGAUCGAAACGCAACGUCCGACUUCCUCUCUGCCGCGAAGUUCCGGGUGCGAGGAUCGAGUUCGACGUUUAACGAAUUUGCGGUUAGACAGAUCUACGUUUUUUCUCUCUUUUAUUUCGAACGCGCUCGUGCUGCCACCUGUCGCGCAAACCCGUCAGUUUGACAGGAGCCAGGAGACAAGGGCCAAGAAGUUACGGCGAAGGCGAUUGGAGCGGACGCGGGUCUCCUUCGAAUCGAACGUCCGAGCGUCAUUCCGCGACGUGGGUGACCUCGUCGGGGCCGAGCUACUCGCGGACGAUCCCCGCGUCGACGCGAGCAACGUGGACGCGCCGGGGCAGCCCGCCAAAUCGCUUUUCGCGUCGCACCUAGCCCCCGAAACGCCAAGAUGGCGGCCUCACGAUGAGCCAAUCGCGAGGCCGCUCUCAUCCCAAGCUCCGCCAUUCAACGACGUCGGUUCCGUCCGCCGCGCAGCUAGUGACCCCUUCUUCUGGCGUAGUUCGCGUCACUCGCCGAUCUCGCUAUCGAAUUUCGACGAGUGUUUUUUACGCGAUCGCGGUUUACGGUGCCGCUUACGCGAGAGGGUGAGGGAGAGAGAGAGGACGCGUCCUGGAGAGCGAGUCGCGGACGGGACGUGGACAGUUUUCACGACGACGCGAGGACCCCCCCGAGUUGUGUUUGAUCACGUGACCGCGCGGAACCGACCGUGGGCCGUGAGAAAUGGCGCAAAGAUCAGAGUGUAUCGGGCAUCAUGGAUGGAUCCCGUUCGUUGCCGCGGCGAUGUCACUUGUGUUUGUUUACAAGCGUGCGAGCACGCGCGCCACGUGCUGAGUGAGAAGGCGAGGGCGAGGCGAGGCGAGGCGUCGAGUGAGAAAGAGGGAGAGAGAGACGUAAAGAGAGCCGAGUGGAAGACAGGUGGAGCGGAAGGAAGGCGCAGGAGAUCAGAACGUGGACCACGGCGUCUGACAGCAAUAAUGACGGGCAGAGGCUCGAAGAGGCGGGGGCGACCGCCCAAGUCCGUCGUGAUGGAACGUCCGAAGAAGUUUCAGUAUCAUCUGAUGAAGAAACCCAAGUACUUGCAGAACAAAACGGCAGCGGGGAUGCUGAGUGGCGGCGCCGAGACGCCGGGUUCGCAGCCGAGCACGCCUACGGCGUCGAGACCGACGUCGCCGUCCGUCGAGAGCGAGGAGAGCAGCAAGCGCAGCACCAGGAAUCAACGUAAAUCGCGAGGCCCGCGCGACAGACAUUCUCGUAAGGGCGGUCACUCCGGAUCUACGGGUGGUGCCUAUCAGCGUCGUGGAUAUAAUCCCAAUGUGGAUUAUCAUGACUCCGAGUAUCAUUAUGGGUCGGAUUUUGGGGACGAGUCUAGCGACAAGAGCGAGCCGGAGGAAGAUCCGAUCCCGAGCGACGUCGAGUCCUCGGAGAGUAUAGAGGAGCCAGAUCCCUCGAGCGAUAGUGAUUUCUCUUUAUCUAGUUUCAGUACUACAAGUGGUACACCUAGGAAAACCCUGUUGGGUCAGCAGCGACCACCCAGUCCGGAGCCACUGUGGCUGCAGAACAGAGAAUUGCCAUCGUUGGUGUUGCCAAAGAGCUCGGAUGAUCUGUUGGCUCCUAAAGAACUGGUUAUGCCGUUGCUGUCGGUCUACGAAGUGCUCAGACACUAUCGUACCUUGGUGCGUUUGUCUUCCUUUAGAUUCGAGGACUUUUGCGCCGCUCUUAUUUGCGAGGAUCAGACUAACUUGUUGGCAGAGAUUCACAUCAUGCUGAUAAAGGCGCUAUUACGUGAGGAGGACUCUCAGCAGACGCACUUUGGCCCACUGGAUCAGAAGGAUUCAGUGAACGUCAGCUUGUACUUUGUGGACUCUAUGACGUGGCCAGAAGCGCUGCGUUCUUAUGUAGAAAGCGACAAGAGUUUCGAUCAGAAUAUUUUGCAGAUAUUAACCACAACUGAAUAUCCUUUUACUGCCACCGAGGAUAGAAUCAAGGUCCUACAGUUUUUAACAGAUCAAUUUUUAAUCACGAAUCCUGUGAGAGAAGAUUUAUUACAUGAAGGGAGUAUGCAUUAUGAUGAUCACUGCAGAGUGUGCCAUCGAUUGGGAGAUCUGUUGUGUUGUGAAACUUGCCCGGCUGUGUUUCACUUGGAUUGCGUAGAGCCGCCAUUAGUCAAUGUUCCUACCGAUGACUGGCAAUGUAGCACGUGUAAAGCUCAUAAAGUGAUGGGCGUUGUGGAUUGUAUUCCCGAUGUUGAGAAGAACGGAUCAUUGUGUAGACAAGAGCAUUUAGGAUUUGACAGAUACGGCAGAAAAUAUUGGUUCCUUGCGAGAAGAGUUUUUGUCGAAAGCGAAGAUGGUGAAGUGUGGUAUUAUAGUACACCACUACAACUGGAGGAGUUAAUGCUUGUGUUAGAUUCGAAUGAAAUGGAAAUAGCGCUUUGUCGCGAGUUGUCAGAUUAUAAAGAUGAAAUAAUUCGUCAAAUGGAACUCACGGAAACCAUAACUAAUCAAUUCAAAGGAAACAAAAAGUCUUACCUGGAAGUAGAGAACGGUCUUAUACAAAAGAUGCAAAAAGAACGGCAAGAAAAACAGGAAAAAGAGGAGGAAGAGAAAAAGGAGAAACAGAGACAAGAGGCAGAGGAAAUGAUCCGUAGAAUGCACGAAGGUACUGACUCUCUCGAGGAGCGUAUGGCAGUUGUGACGGAUCAGGGUGAGACCAAGACAUCCAGGGAGGAAUCAAUUUCUCAAGUACCUGAAGUAGUUGGAGAAACUGUCGAAGUCGAUGCUGAUGCGUCUGUGACGAAUACGGAUAAAACUGCUACGAAAACUAGCACUUCUACAUCAUCGUCCGAGGACGCCGAUGAAGAAGCAUUAGAUGGAGAAGAGAAGAUUGGAAAAGAUGGCAAAAAGCAUACUAUUGUCACGAGGUCAAAAACUGGAUCGUUACAGCCACGAACCUUCAACAUGGAUGACUUGAAAAGACGCAGUAUGGCUCCAUUGUCUAAGGAAGAGCUAGAGAAGUUGGACAAGAGUCUGAAGGAUUCCGAGGGUGAUGGUACUAGAUUAACACGUCAGAAGGCACAUCAGAUUGCAUCCGGCACUCAUUUAUUCAAACUAGGCAUGGACAACAACUUUAAGUCGUAUGUCAAUCAGUACAGUAACAAUCCUGUCGCGUUGAAUAAAACACAGAGGAACGAGGAACGUGACAAGAAGCGACACUUGUCGCACAAAUUUUCACUCACCCAGGUGUCAGAGUUUAAAUGGGUGGGUAGUUUAACGGGCACCCGUGCUCUGUUGGUCAGCACCUUACGUCAGACAAUUCUGCAACUUGAGAGCAACAUUCAAGCACCGUUCAUGCAUACAAAUUGGCCUUUGCUACGCAAACCGUGGACCGCGGCAGUGAGUGCGUGUGUAAAUCCGCGUGACUUUGCACGUACUCUCAUAGUUUUACAAGCGUGCAUCAAAUCCGUUGUGUUCGCGAGUGUGUGGCAUGAUCAACUUGGUCAUGUGAAACUGCAACGAGUGACUGCAAUUGAGCGCGAAGAGAAAAAGCGACAAGACAAGAAAGAAAAAAAGGAAAAGGAAGACGAGGAGGAACGUAAUCGACUUUUCAAUUUCGUCAAGUACACUCUUGGCAUGAAACACCAAGUAUGGAAGCAAAAAGGUGAGGAAUAUCGACUGCAUGGGCAGGGCGGCUGGCUUUGGGUAUCGGCCAGUCGUCGUUAUAGAUGCUCGGAGAUGACAAAGCUAGGUCUGCGAGCCGGUCCUCAAAAAAUCAUGGUGCAAAUUCGAGAUCAGGGCGGUUCAAAGAUUCUCGCACUCGAUCCGCCUACCUAUGAAUUCCUGAUUAAGGAAUACUGCCCAAGCAAGACGGAGAAUGGCAUUGUAAAGCAAGAGAUCAAGGAGGAAGAUACUGGAAAAGAUGCGAUCAAGCAGGAAUGCAAUUCAGAAGAUGUGAAAAAGGAGCCUACAACAAAUGGUGUUGAUUCUUCUUUAGUAAAGUCGGAAUCUCAAUCAAUCAAACAAGAAACAAAGAUGAAUCUAUCGUUUUUAGCUGGCAUGAAAAUCGAAAAGGUUUUUACCCCGAUUACCGAAUUUGAAGAGAUUGACAUCACUAAGGCGCUAACCAAUGCUGGAAGAUUGCUUUACCCAAAAAUUGCAAAAAAGACAAGAAUCGACGAUUUCUUAGCACGUAGAACACAUUUGAAGCUUUUGGAAGAAAGAAGAUUGCUACAAUCUGAGAAAGCGAAAGAAGCAAGUAAGACGCCUAAUCAAAAGAGCGGAGGUGGCGGCGAUUCUUCGGAAGCUGACGUGGAAAACCAUGAGGAGAACGAUGCGGAUGGCGGUGGAAGUGGAGGUGCCGGAGACGCUUCUGCGUUAUCAUCGUCCGUUGGUAAACAACCAGCAAGCAAAGCAACAACAGUGGUUUCUGCGUCUACGAAAGAAGUUUUGGCGGCAAUCAACAAACGUAUUCAACAGGUGCGCACGCAGUACGCGAACAUCUCUAAGCUUUGCAAAAAUGUCAGCUGUUAUUCGCACUACUGCAACGUGAACAACGCCAGCAGCAAGAACAACGUCACGCAAGUUAACACCGCGCAGGUCAUCGCUGUACAUACCGCCGAUACUUGCUACUCGCCUCUGUGCAUUCAAAAGACGCGUCUGAAGCGCGAGCUAAUCGCGCUGGCGCGCAAGGUAAACGUUCUCAACCACAAUCAGCAGUCGUCUCCUUCCUCGUCCUUGUCACAAAUCAUUAUAAAGACGGAAAACUCGGACGAGACGAAGGAUGCGAUCAGACGAGAUUUGGAGUCCGCGGUGGCGUCGGCGACUCACUGCAACGAGGACGCAGCGAAAGACGUCACUUCACCCUUAUCGAAAAAGAUUAAAAUCGAGAACGACACGGGAGACACGAUCGUCACGACUACCAGUAACGUCGUCACGACUACCACGACGAUAACGACGACUCAACAGACAGUGACGAAGAGCAGUUCGGACGGUGCAAUGCAGGAGCAUUCUACCGUGAAUCGUAAUGCCACGACCGUCUCGUCGGAAGUUACGACCACUACGACGAAUAAGGGUGGUGCGAAGACGGUGAUGAUUGUGAACCGUAGAGGAAGGACAGUGCAACGGACCGCGGUUACGAAGGAACUAAACGCCGAUGGCAGCGAGCGAAUUUACACGGCAACGUCGACGAAGGGCAAGAUAUACUUGAAGAAGGUGGCCAUCUCGUUGGCCGAUCGUAGGAAAAAACGCACCCCAGUCAAGUAUCCGCUAUGCUCGACCUUUUGCACGAAGAACAAGCAUCGCAGUAUACUGGUGCUUCCUCAACACGAACUGAGGAAAAUGUCUCGCGUCGGCGGCAAAACACCCGUACAAGGAUUUCAUCAUCAGGCCAAGGCGAAUAUGUCGGUGUGGCCGUACCAAUGUCCCAGACCUUUGUUCAAGACUUGCUGGUUGUACAGGACGGUCGGUUUGAAAUCGCUGGCCGCUGCCGCGAUUCAGCUGAGAAUACUCUGGGCGUGUCUCAGGUGGGACGACAUGGCGGCUAAACCAUUGUCUACAGACGGCAAGAAUCAGAUCACUACUGACACGGAAAUUAUGUCUCUGGAGAUACUGAAGCAUCGACACGUUGGACAGUUUCUAGACAGGACACAAUAUCUGCGCAGGAAGGUUGUAAUACCACUCGAGCUUCCGAAACAAGUCAGAGAGGUCACGUCCAUAAGGAGUGGUCUGAGAAAACGAAAGCGUCCGGAAUCACCGCAAAGCACCGAGCCACAAGUCACCGAGGAAUGGGUCGACGAGGAUAAGUUAGAGUUGUGGGAGAUUAAGCAGUACGGUGACAGGUUAGAGAAGGCUAAUGCCCAGAUUAUUACUAGGAGUCGCUCGGGAGCGCCGCAAUCGGUGAUCGUCAGCGGUGGAAGAACCACCGUUGCCGCCACCGGUGGCACGACCACCUUGUCCGGCGACCAGCUCGUAAGUGGUAAAGCCACGCCGGAAGAGAUCAAGGAGAAGAUGGAGCAGCAGUUGCGGAUGCAACGAGCGGCUCAUCAACAGAAACGUGCCCUGGAGACUCUCAAGAAUCAACCUGCAAACUCGUCACCCGCCGCCCAGCUCGUCAAAGUUACAGCUAAUUCUUCUCACGAUGGUACAGUUAAAUUAGUGUCAAAAGUCGCGAUUCCGGCGAAUCCGAACAGCACAAAGUCGCAAUUGACUUCUCUUUUGACCACUCCCACACAGAAUAAAACUUUCCUCGGUACACGACGAAUCUACAUGACGAAAGCGCCUGAUGGAACCACUAAAGUAGUGUCUGGUCCCACUAGUAUUUUACCGAAAACACCGCAAGCCCAGACAUUAAAUCAAUCAGUGAUUAAAAUAACACAAACAGGUACUAAUUCGCCUAUGCAAAUGCAACAGAAAGUACAAAUUCUUAGAGGGCCAGACGGAAAGUUACAGGUGCGUGGUUUGUUACCUGGUCAGCAAUUGAUCCAAAUGCCUGAUGGAAAAUUACACGUACUGAAUGUAGGCCAAGCAGUGGGUACUCCAACUGCACAAUCAAACUCGACAACGCCUACAAGUACUCCACAGAAGGCUGCGACUGCGGUUAGUCCUGCCAAGGUGGCAAUUUCAGAAAAUUCUGCGACUAAAACCAAUCCUGCAAAAUCAGCAGUGAAUUCGACGACGCAACAAACACAACAAUCGCCGCAGCAAGUCGUGCAAACUGUUCAACGCCUAAAAGCUGCGACUUUAACUCCUACUACACCGACAAAGAAUGCCAUUGUAGUCGCCAAUACAGGACAGACCGCGCAGGUAAUAUCUUCUGGUGGACAAGUGAUAAGUGGCAAUCAAAUAGUGGUUACGAAUGCCAACUUUGCCCAACAAUUAGUGACAGGUAAGGCCCAAUUGACAACAAUCGGAGGCCAUCAGGUGGUAAUACGUAGCACGCCCACUGGAAAUCAACUUGUACAUCUGAAUUCGACAAACAGCGGUAUAAUCGUAAAAAGUACCGUCCCUGUUAAUAAGCAGCAAGUCACGCAAUCUUCGAUAGUUGCGGCGCAAACCGUUGCCAGUCCAAAUACGAGCACAACAACUACCGCAACCUCGACUGCGUCGGUGACGACCACUCAGAGUCCCGCCGCUGCAGGAAGCAUCGAGGCUUCUUUGCUAGCGGGACAACCACCUGGCACAAUUAUCAAAUGUGUGACCGCGCAGGUGAUACAGACAACCGAUGGUCCGCGGAUUGUACUACAAGGCCUGCAAAGUGCAGAUUUCACAACACAGCAAUUAAAUAUGGUGCAGCAGCAAGUGAAACAACAACUUCUCAAAGCCCAAGCAACAACUGGGAAGCAAGGCGUCUUAGGACCUACGAAGAUUUACUUGGCUGUUCAACCGGUUCAACAAUCUUCCAACAACCAGCAGCAACAACAGCAGACUUCGCAAGUUUCAACGACGACAAGUACUACCGUGACGUCGCCUCCGAAACAGCAACAAUCUACAGUUUCCUCACCGUCUACUACAGAGUUGCUAGAAGCCACUGAAACCAUUCCAAAAUUUCCACAAACGGUAACACCAAAAUCGACUGAUAAACCGAAAGUGGUUGUUCAGCAAGUAGGACGCGUGACGAACGCAACGGAGGAUGAGACACAAAAGACGAACAUAGCCAAUGGACAGCAACCUUCAUCGCAGAAAGAAGGAAAUGAUUCAUCGCCAAAUAAAUUUAUACUAACACCAGACUACAUCCAACAAACGAUUAAAAAUGCCUUGAAACAAGAAAACCUCAAUCCGGAGAUAGAAGAAAAAUUGUUGCAACUGCAACGUUAUCAAGAGAAGCAGAUGAAGGGCGGCGUGGAGAACUCUGUAACUAGCAACCAGACUCAUCACAAUUCAUCCACAACAACGACGCCGCGUCCGCCAUCGCGCAAACGGCCAGCACCCUCGUCGAACAUUCCAGCGGCAGCAACGACAACGACGCCGACGAACAUGCAAUCAUCGUCUAGCGGUGGUGAUGACAAAGACGACAAAGAAUGGGUAGAGACACCCAGAAAGAGACCAGCACUGAAGCAGGAAAAUCGCGAUACGACCCCAAAAGUGCUGAAGCUAUCAGAGGGAUUAGAUAACGAGUCAUCUCCUAAAAACCGAUCUGCGAAAUUUAAAGAUACACAAGAGCAGCGAAGAAAACAACAGGUACAUUCUCGAAUGCAGGUUUUAUUGUUUCGGCAUAAAGAACUUCUUAAAAAGGAUAUUCUUAAGAAGAGAGCUUUACUCGAGAAAGAGCUUCAAAUCGAUAUACAGAAGGAUCUGUCGACGGAACUCGCUACCAGGACAAAAGCGGAGAGGCAUAAGCAGGAUGAGGUGAAGGUAGGCAGCGCGAAACGAAAAGCAAAUGCUCAAGUAGCACAACAGGUCAGCCCGUCCAGCCGGAGCAGUAGUAGCAAACCGAAGAAACACAAGACCCAGGGUAACAGCGCGACUCCACCUGGUGGUUCGUCAUCCGCGACUCGCAUCAAGAAAGAGAAACUGUACUGCUUGUGCAGAACCCCCUACGACGAGACCAAAUUUUAUGUGGGAUGUGACUUGUGCAACAAUUGGUUCCACGGUGACUGCGUUGGCAUAACGGAGGAAAUGAGUAAAUCUCUGUCGGAAUUUGUUUGUACGGAAUGCAGACACGCGAGAGAUACGCAGGAAUUAUACUGCCUGUGCAAACAACCUUACGACGAAUCUCAAUUUUAUAUAUGCUGUGACAAAUGUCAAGACUGGUUCCACGGUCGAUGUGUCGGUAUUCUUCAAUCAGAGGCCGACAACAUUGACGAAUAUGUCUGUCCAAAUUGUCAACGGAAUUCCUCUGUUAAUUUCGCUAAUAUGAAGAACCUCAAUGCAAAGGAUCUCGAUCUGUUGAAGAAAUUAAUUAAACAAAUACAGGCUCAUAAAAGUGCAUGGCCCUUUAUGGAACCAGUAGAUCCCAAUGAAGCACCAGAUUAUUAUAAAGUUAUAAAAGAACCAAUGGAUUUGCAAACUAUCGAAUUGAGAAUAAAUGAUCGAUCCUAUAAAAAACUGAGCGAAUUCAUCGGCGAUAUGACGAAAAUAUUCGACAAUUGUCGCUAUUAUAAUCCUAAGGAGUCGCCAUUCUUCAAAUGCGCCGAGUCCCUGGAAACUUACUUUGUUCACAAAAUCAAGAGUCUGAGAGAGAAAUUUUCCGAAGGGAAGUAAAUCAAUCAAAAUAAAUAAACUCGGGGAUAUAGUAUGUGAAAUCGACUCAAAGUGGAAGUGCACGACAAUUAAUCUACUGUGCAGUGCAUUUUUCACGCAAAACAGAACAGAGCAUAGUUUGUGCCAGUACAGUACACUACACAUAGACAAACUGAAACUCUCUCAGAAUAGGCUUAAGUAUGUAAAAGUAGAGAACGCACCGGUCUCCGCUAUAUUUAUUAUAGUUGUGUGAACAUUUUCCUUUCUCCCUUCCUCUGCCUUCUUUCCUGUCCCCUUCCCUCCCUCAUCUUUUGAAAUUUGCGAAUUCUGAGUUCCAAUUAUGCUAUAUGAAGCGUGAAUUUUAAACCAGAACUUAUAGCUUAUGCCGUAAGAUCUUAUCUGCGAGAUUUUUUUGCUACUAGUAAUCAGAAGUAGUAAUCAGAAAAAGAAGCCAUAUAGGAUAUAAUUUAAAAUAACAUUUAUUUAAUUUUUUUAACUC